UUCAAUAAAUCUACAUUUUAGAAAUAGCCGGAUUUUAUGGGAUUAAUCGUUAUUUUACAUACAGAUUUUAUCUUAGCUUUCUUUUAAUGUGCUGAUUUCGGGGGUGUUUUAUUAGUCCUACCGUUGUUCAGAGCUUGUUUCUUGCUCUAGAAGUCCCUCAGAGCUGAGCGGUAAUGCCUGCCAAGAGAAAAUGGCACAUAUUAAUUGUUCAUAUUAUCUCCGAGCUCAUAGGAACGAAUUUGGGCCAUUGAUGCGAGUCAUUUGAAGGCCGGGUAGUAUCUUUCUGCAGAAUUUGGGCACCCUGUACAUAAAUCUUUUUGUUGCCCUUGAAAUAGGGAGAUGAAUGGAUAUCUGUAAAUGAUUGUAUAUUAAUUGAUAUAAAAAUCUUCGAUGAGGGAUAAAAAUACAAUCUCUUUUGAAUGUUUGUUUCUCUCUUCAUCUCGUUGGUUUCUGUAAGCAUCUCUUUGUUAGUAUUGGAAUAGAGAGACGAAGGCCUGCUUCUUUGUCUCUGUAGAUUAUUGAUUUUGAUUGUCAUUAGAAAGAAAAUGAUUAUUCCAGAAAGCUUAAGAUUUUAUCGUCGUGGAUUUAUGACAUGGCAAUGUUUGUUUCAUUAUAUCGUUGCAACAGACCUGUAGUCAUGAAUUGAAUUUAAUUUUGGGAUUUAAUUUCACACAUCGUCACCGUCUGAAGUGGGGAAUUUAAGGCUUUAGAUUGGUCCCCCUAUAUUCCUAUCGUGAAAGGAAAUUUUGCAUGGUCUGUGGUCAUCAAGACUUUAACUAUAAAUGACUUCUGUAGCUGGUUCAAAUACCUCUUCAUGUCUUUAUGACUCCACCUACCCGGUAGUGCAAGCGUUGAAAGUUUCCGUUUUUGUAUAGAUCCAGGGCUGCUUAAUCUGAAGGACUUCUAUUCUCAGUUCUUUACUCUGAUCAGAUGUUAUUUGUUCCAUUCCCAGUUCUUUACUCUGAUCAGGUGUUAUUUGCGUCUUUGAGUUUGCACUUUGCAGCCAGGCCAUAAAGUCGUUGUCGUUUGUUUUUAACGUGUUCGUUUUGAUUUUAAAUCAAUUUUAGGUGCGAUAUCAGAGUGCGGAAGUGGGUUGCAAGCGUAAGGGACAUGGGAGGAACGAUCUUCUUGGUUUAGAGUUAUUUGGGGGUGUUUGUAUUUUUGAGGGGAUAAUGUUCUGAUCGGGAAAUGCUAGCAGCAGGCAUAAGCAUAUUAUGAAUAAUAUGAAAAAAGCAAGCAUUGAUUUGGAAGGAAGCGAGAGUUAUUAUUCUGAAGAGUCUGUUAUCAGCAAUCAACUAUCAGCAGCCUCCAAUGUUUCUGGGCGUGAACCGGUUUUCUCCCAUAAACCCCAGUCACAGCCCCCCACCCAUAUGUUCCAGGUCCAAGAGAAGGCAGCCAAAUUCAGCGAUAAGUCCUCUAGAUUAGAGGAGACCUCGGAGGUUUCGCUAAAUCUGGCGAUUGGCUAUGAUGAUGAUGAGGGUAUGCAAAGAAGAGAUCUUCGUACUUCAGGUUUCAUUGAUUAUUUUAACCGGCAGGAUAAUCAAGGAGGAGGAGAAGAAGCAGAAACAGAGAAGGACAAUAAUGAGUCGGUAGACACCAAGGGGCCCUUGGAAUCCAGCAGUAAUGAAAUUGUUGCUGCAAGUGCAAAUCCAAGCGCUGCGUCAUACUUUGAGUCUACUUCAUUGGGCUCAGAGCCCAGAGUCUUUUCCUGCAAUUACUGCCAGAGAAAAUUCUACAGCUCCCAAGCAUUGGGAGGCCACCAGAAUGCCCACAAGCGCGAAAGGACUUUGGCCAAAAGGGGGCAGAGAAUUGGGGCAUUCACACACCGGUACUUGAGCAUGGCAUCAUUGCCUCUUCAUGGCUCUUCAGAAACCCAGAUUAAUAGAUCUCUGGGCAUAAAAGCACAUUCCCUGAUUCAUAAGCCUUGUUAUGCAGAGCCAGGGGGGUUACCUCUGAGCCACCAUGGAUGGUCGAGGACUCCCAUAGAACAGCACCCAGCCGUUGGCAAAUAUGUUACAGAGGAAAUUGGUGGUGGCGGUGGUGGUAUUGGGAUGAUGGGUAACAGAGGAGGGGUGGCUAGAUUCGAUAACAACAAUUUUGGUGGAGGUAAUAGGCUUUUGGGGGCAACCCCUUUCUUGAUGAACGAGGAAGCUAACUUUUGCUGGCCUGGAAGCUUCAGACGGCUGCACCAAACUGAACAUCAUGGAGUAGCAGCAUAUCAUAACAAUACUACUCAGAGUCAGAAUCAUCACGAGGCUCUCAAUCCCAAUGGGUUUUAUCUUAAACCCCAGGAGGAUGUUUCGAAGCUUGAUUUAUCUCUUCGCCUUUAAUUGAGAAAAUUUUGGUUAGGAUGAUGAUCUAGAGUUUAGAUAGACGUAUCCAUGGAACAUUUUGGUUGAAGCCCAAGUAGGCUAAUUUCUCGUUGUAAAUUUCUAAAUAACUCAGAAUCCUGUUUUUCUAAUUUA